UUUCGUUCACCAUUCGUGUCUUACACUUUGGACUGAGCUCAUGUUUGCCUUUGCAUUUCUUAUUCAUAAUGCUAUUAUAAAUAAAAAUAAUAUUUCCCGCGGUAAAACGUUCCUUUCGGCUGGUGAAAAAUAAAAAAGUGUAGAAAAAAUAAAAGUGCAAAAAUGGCGCGAGUUUUGACAUUAAUUUAUUUUGUGUUUUUAGUGAUAAAUAUUGUUUCCGCUUUUGCCUUGCCUUUCGAAGGAUUGUUUAAGUUGGAUAUUAUUCAUUAUAAUGAUUUUCAUGCGAGGUUUGAAGAGACAUCAGUUGCAACACCAACGUGUCGGUUCAAUAACAACUCCUGUCUGGGCGGUCUACCACGCUUGGUGUAUGAGAUCCACACGCUGCUGAAAGAGAAGCCAGAUGCCCUCCUCCUGAACGCUGGGGACAGCUUCCAGGGCACAUACUGGUAUACGCUGCUUAAGUGGAACAUCACUAGCCAGUUCAUGAACUUGCUGCCACACGAUGCCCAUGCAAUUGGCAAUCAUGAGUUCGACGACGGCCCAGAGGGUCUAGCACCCUAUCUCUCGCACCUACUGGCGCCGGUCGUAGCAGCUAACAUGGACGUCUCCCGCGAGCCGGUACUCCAGGGCCUGUUCCAGCCACAUGUGGUGGUGGAGAGAAAGGGACGGAAGAUUGGCAUCAUCGGUCUCAUUACCCAGGACACCAAGAAACUAUCAUCACCAGGUAACGUGGAGUUCACUGACCCCGGAGAGGCCACGAAGCGAGAGGCUGAGCUGCUGACGCAGAAAGGAGUGGACAUCAUCAUCUUACUCUCCCAUUGUGGACUCGACAUUGAUAAGCAGCUAGCCCGCGACUACGGGCAGUACAUAGACGUCAUAAUCGGAGGGCACACACACUCCCUCCUGUGGAAUGGACCCUCACCCAGCAACGAGACUGUCGCCGGACCUUAUCCUAUCUUCAUUGAGAAUGCUGAUAGCAAGAAACAGGUGAUGAUAGUCCAGGCAUCAGCGUUCACCAAGUACAUGGGAAAUCUGUCAUUGUACUUCGACUUCAGGGGACACUAUGUCAAGUAUGAAGGAGGGCCCAUAUUCCUGGACCGGUCUAUACCUGAGGACGAGGAAAUCAAAGCCAAGCUAGCGCCAUACGCCCAGAGGGUCCACGAGGCAGAGAAUGUUCCAGUAGGAGAGAUCACAUCGACCCUGACGUCUGAUGACUGCGUCUACGGAGAGUGUGCGCUGGGAGACAUGCUGGUGGACGCGUUCAAUGACCUGGGCAAAGCAACAAUUCAGAGUACAAAAGCUUUCUUGUCAUUCAUCCAGCGCGGUAACAUCAAAUCCACACUGCUGGAAGGAACUAUAACCAAAGGCGAGAUCUUCGAGUUGCUGCCAUACAACGACCGUAUAGAGACUUUCGAGCUCCAAGGGAAAUACGUGCUGGACGCUUUGGAGCGCAGUGUCAAAGGAGCUUGGGACUAUCACCCGUUUAAAGGACCCUGGGUUUUACAAGUCUCAGGUCUCCAAGUUACCUACAACAUCUCCCAGCCAGAAGGCAGCCGUGUGACGUCAGUGUUGAUACAGCACGAGCCUGAUAAGCAGCCGCAGCCGUUCCACAUGGACACACUCUACCAGGUCACUGCGCCCGCAUACCUCGCAGAUGGAGGUGAUGGAUUCACUAUGUUCAAGGAAGGCAAACACAACGUGCAAGUGAUAGGUCGUGAUCAGAGCUGCGUGGAAGCAUACAUCAAGAAACAUUCUCCACUCAACGUUACCACUGAUGGACGAAUAAAAAUUAAUGCCUAGUUUAUCUCAAUAUUGCUGCUGACUCCUUCAGGCAAGAUACGGUAUUUAGCUAAGAUUACGGUUUAAAGUCAAAAAUCUGAUUUGUAUUCUGACGGUACAUUUUAGUUGACGCAAAAAGAAGUUUGUGACUACAACCUUUUUUAAACACGUAGAUUUAGAUAUAUUGCAAUGCAUAAGUUACCAUAAAAUCUAAAUGGCUGUGUUAGUUAUAUUAAUUAGGUACAUUUUUAUUGUAAAAAGUAACAUUUCACGCUUCUAAGAAAUACUUAUUACUAUGUAUAGAACGGCAACUUUCCGCUCCCCACCAGCGGCUGAGCUAGGUUUACCUCACCCCCGGUCUUACUUUAGUCUUCAAUCGUAUGAGUGUCAGACGUCACACACACAGAUGCGCGUGUAUGAUAAGGUCAAUGUGCAAUGUCUGUGUAAAACGAGGUGUUUUGUAUGAAGUGCCCGGGGUGCGCUAAAGGGAAAAAUCCCGGUUUUAUUGAGUUUUAUCGAUCAUUUUUAUAUAUCUAAUGAAAAUAUAUCUACGUUUGUGGGCGCCUUGACUUAUUGUGAAAACCAUUUAAACGCCUUUUCGAAAAAUUACAUUCUAAUGUGAUUUUUGUUAGCAAACCCUCGCAAUUUGCCCAGUCAAAAAAAUAUAGUUUCAACUUACUACCGGUAAGAAGAAGUUCGUAUCGUAUCGAAGAAAAUCACAAUAGUAUGACUCCGCGACUUGUGCCGAGUGAGGCCCCUUUUAUUUCAAAACGUCCACCACCGCCUUAUGAUCAUUUCAAAUUCAAAUUAUUUAUUUCAGAUUAUUAUCCAUAAUUAUAAGUACAUUAGAUUAGAUUCCAUUAUUAAAAUUAAAAAUAAAUAAAAUUUAAUAAUUAAAUUAUAUAAAAUAAAAUUAAAAUUAUUAAUGUCCUAAUAAAUAAAAUAAAAUUAAUAUUAUUAAUAAAAAUGAAAUAAAAUACAUUGGUGCCCAUUCGGGUGCACACAAACUUAACCCAAUUUUAGUUCGACAGCUCUUAAAUAAAUGAGUGGCGUCCGUCCUGCACUUACAUCCUUUAUGCUUUGCUGUAAUUGUUUUGUGAAAAUUUUAAGAUAUGUUAUUGUCUUGUUUUGUGUUUUUGCGACAAUGUGAUCUUUCGAAAGGCUCUUACGUGGUUUUCGCUAUAAGGCGACGAUGUUCUGGCUGAUUUUACAAAUUGCUGCAAUGGUGCUAAUUCCUGUAAAUACUUACCAUCUUAUUUUAUUUUAAGUUAUAUCUGUCAUUUUCUUAUCUGCCGAAAAGGAAAGGGACGGGUAAUCGACAAGCAUAAAAUUUAUGGAACACACGUCAAUUUUAAGCACAAAUCUAAAACAACUGUCUAAAAAUUUUACAUUGGCCAAUAACCCGCCAGAAUUAUGUUGACAGCACACGUCAAACGGUUUGCACACCAGCGAGAUACCUUUUUGAUUCGGCCGGGUUAUUCAUUCAUUUACUCAUUCUUUCUAAAAUUAAGAGCUGUCAAACAUGCGUCCCUUUCCUUUUCUGCGGAUAGGAAAAUGACAGGUAUAACUUAAAGUAAAAUUAGGAGGUGUCUGCAGGAAUCGGGGCCAUUAUUAUGCUAAAAUAAUUAGUGUCUUAAAAGUGUAAGAUUCGCAAAAAAAAUCAUACGUCAGUUAGUAAUAUCAGCAACAAUAUGCAAUUUUAUUGUAGUCUUAGUCUUCUCCAACGAAUAUACAAUAUUUUGUAUGAGACUUAUCAGUAUAAUUAUAUACAAAUUAUUAUAAUUUUAUUUUAUAAAAUAUAUUUAAGAUGUGAUUUUAUUUGUUAAGUACAAAUAAAUGUUGUAGUAGGUA